CGCUCCUGUCUUGUACUGAGGGCGAGAGGAGGCGGACAUGUUGGGAUGGCCUGUUAAGGCGUACUACUUCAUUUAUUUGGAAAUUUAACGAAGAGAAGAAAGCCAACGAAGGUGGAACACAAUGGAUGCAGUCAACGCGUUUAACCACGAGCUAUUCUCCCUGAUGGACUCAAAACCUCCAAUCUCUAGGGCUAAGAUGAUCUCCAUUACAAAGUCGGCAAUAAAAGCCAUUAAAUUAUACAAGCAUGUGGUUCAGAUUGUUGAAAAAUUUAUCAAGAAGUGUAAGCCUGAGUAUAAAGUACCAGGACUAUAUGUUGUGGACUCUAUCGUGCGACAGUCACGUCAUCAGUUUGGUGCGGACAAGGAUGUCUUUGGCCCCCGGUUCACAAAAAAUAUCACCGGGACUUUUGAGAACCUGUGCUUAUGUCCCACAGAAGACAGGAGUAAGAUUGUGCGUGUCUUGAACCUGUGGCAAAAGAAUGGUGUGUUUAAGAUUGAGGUGAUUCAACCUCUCCUGGACAUGGCUGCUGGAUCCAGCAGCUCAGGCUCAGUUCCAGGUGUGGACAAUGGCCCAGGUGGUGGUGCCGCAUCCCCUCCUUCACCGGCAAGGGAACCCGAGAGCCACACGGCAGCGUCAGUUAACUCUGUUCAGGUGCCUGUACCACAGCUGCAGAACUCUGACGCCUUUGCCGCUGUAGCUCAGCUCUUCCAAUCCUCACAAGGCCAACAGCUUCAGCAGAUGCUUCAGACGUUCCAGCAGCCCGGGAAGCCUCAGUCACCAGCGCUGGAGAAUAACAUGAUGGCCCACCUCCAGAUACAAGCCUCAAAUAUUCAGCCACCCACAGGUUUGGCCCAGGCCCUUCCACACACCACGCAGCCUACAGAGAAGAAAGCCACGUUCGACAAGAAACUUCUUGAUCGCUUUGAUUAUGAUGACGAACCAGAAGGAGGAGAAGAGACCAAGAGGGAUGAGGCAUCCUCUGUCCAGCCUGCCUUUGGCUUUGAAGAAGGUGUACAGCCACCUCAGCAGGCCCCAGCAGGCUUCUCUCAAGCUCCCAGUCAAAUGCAGCAUUUUCAGCAACAAGUGAUGGCCAUGAAUCAAGAACAUCAGGUUCUGUCUCCAAAUGGACAGUCUCAAGCUUUCAACCGAAUGCCUCCUCAACCCUACCCAGGGAUGAUACCACCAGGUGUCGGUCACCCUGGUUUUCCUGGACCAUUCCCCCCUCAAAACAAUGCCUUUCCUCAGCUUAUGGCUGGACAGCAGCAUCAGCCUCAGGAGCCUUCUGGGGAGUUAGACGCAAGACAACACCAAGAUGGCGGGAGGACACGGUCUAGGUCUGGUUCCAGAUCUCCUAAAAGGAGGCGGUCACGGUCGGGUUCCCGUUCCAGACGUUUCCGACAUCGACGAUCGCGGUCUCGCUCCAGAGAAAGGCGACGCCACUCACCUCGCUCUCGAUCUCAGGAGAGGAGGGAAAGGGAGAGGGAGCGGGAACGUAGACAGAAAGGCCUUCCCCUUAUCAAACCUGACACUUUAAGUGUAUGCAGCACUACACUUUGGGUUGGCCAACUGGACAAGCGCACACAGCAGCAGGAUGUGGCAUGUCUGUUAGAGGAGUUUGGCCAGAUAGAGUCCAUAAAUAUGAUUCCUCCUCGAGGUUGUGCCUACAUCGUCAUGGUUCAUCGCCAGGAUGCUUUUCGAGCUCUCCAGAAGCUUAGCCGGGGCACUUACAAAGUCAACCAAAAAGCCAUAAAGAUUGCCUGGGCUCUAAACAAAGGUAUUAAGUCAGAGUUCAAGCAGUAUUGGGAUGUAGAGCUUGGUGUCACCUAUGUACCCUGGUCCAAAGUCAAAAUGGAAGAUCUGGACGUUUUUAGAGAGGGGGGCAUGCUGGAUACAGAUACACUCUCUCCAGAAUGGAAAGGGGUUCAGGGUGAAUUGGAAACUGCAGAUGACGCACCUCAAAAUGGCAGAGGUGAUGUGGUACAGAUGGACGAGAGCCCAGCUCUGCACCCUGUACAGGCUGCUCCAGUCCAGCCAGUAGGGCCUUCUGGGCCGGUUGGAGUUCCCCCUCCAGGUUUUCCUACUGCCAUGAAUAUCCCACCACCAUCAUUUCCACCAGGUGUUCCCCCUCCACCUGGACCGUUUAUGAGGCCUGGCUUUAACCCCAUGCAGAUUCCUCCUGGAUUUCUUCCUCCGGGUGGCAUGCCUCCUAUUGGCACAGCAGGCCCCCCUCUUCCCACACCAGGCAUUGGCAUGCCACCAGUUGGCAGUUCAGUUGAGGAUCUGUCUGGUAAUCCAGUAGGAAUGGGUACCAGGAUUAAUAGGGAAGGUAUAGAUGGGUUCAGUUCUGGUCCAGUCCCCCCAGGUAACCCAGUUCCACCGGGACCUCCACCUGGGAUGAACAUGCAAAAUCCUCCAGGACUUUUGGGGUCAAGACCAGGGGCGAUGCCACUUCAGCGCCCACCAGGAAUGCCUCCACCACCUCACCUUCAGCGCUUCCCAAUGCCCCCACCACGGCCAGGCAUGCCCCCCAUGCCCCCCCAGAUGAUGCCACCCAGAGGCCCACCACAGAUGAUGCAUCGCGAGCCUCCACCAGGGAGUUUUGGCAUGCCUCCUCCUCCUCCAUCACAUGCCAUACGAGGUCCUUUUCCCCCUCCAGGCCCUCAAUUCAGGGGAGAACGAAAUAGAGAGCAGGAGCGCUAUGGAGGUCGCAGGCAGUUUGGGGGUGAACGGUCAGAAGGUCGUGAGCGUUUUGGGGGAUGGCAUGAAGAACUGGAUUCAAGGGGAGGCUGGGACAGGGCAGGGUCACGUAGAGACUGGAGAAGUCCUGAUGGAGAGAGAGAAAGGGAGAGGGAGCAAGGAAGAGAGGAAGAACGGGGUAAACGCAGAGACAGAGAGAGAAGCACCCGCUGGGACAGAGAUGACAGACUUGACAAACUUGAGCCUAAUGGACACGAGAUGCUCAGAGACUCGAGCAGCCGUGAAGGCCAAACCGAUUCUACAACCGAAAUGCCUCACGUCAAGGCAGAAAGUCCAGCGCCUUCCAAAGAAGGCAGUGCAGAGCCAGAAACUCAGAGUCAACCUGCAGAACAAACGAAGGCUGAUCAAUCCUAGGUCAUGCUAAAUUGUAGACCGGAACUCUAAAACAAUGUUUCCUUUUUUAUUCUAAUCAGAAGUGUGCAUUUGUGUGAUCUUUUGCUAAAAUGUAUAGGAAUACUGUCUGGAGAGGGACUGAUAUGGUAAGGGUGCGUGGGCAUAGAUGUGAAGGAAACGAUCCCAUAUGUAGAGAGACAAACAAGAAGCAUCAUUCUUACUGUCUAGGCCAGGCUAGUGCUCUGUGUGCACUGAUGUAAAAUAAGCUUACUCCAUGUCCAUACCAAUGCAGAUCUUGGGCACUACAAGCUAAUGACCUGAAAUGGUUUAGAAACAUGCUUCAUUCUAAAGGCCUUUAAUUCUAAUUUCAAUGCCUGGUCUUUCUCCAAUGAUCUCGUUGACUUUUAAUACAGUUGAUGUCAACUGUCUGGCUAACAUACACUGGUCUGUGAAUCAGUGUCAAGUUAUUGAGUUUAAAUGUUGUACUAAGCCAAUGUUUCAUAGCCCUGUACUGCACUUUUUAGUGGGUCCCUGCUUUAACAUGCUCAUGUAAAAAUUAUGAAGGGCUUAGUAGUUUAUGAAUUGAGUCAGGUAUGUUGGGACAAGGGGCCAAGCUAGAAUGGACAGUGCAGGACUAUCCCCUGAGAAAAAACAACUGCUUUUAAAUGGAAAGACAAGGAAAAAUGGAAAAUAACUCUGCUGUAAAUAUGCUUUACCAUAAUAAUA